AUGGAUGCACUAACGACUCUUAGAACGGAAAUUAAUCGUAUCGGUUUCAGUCUAAAUGAACAAGACACUUUGCGCAAAUACUUCACUGAAAACGUAGAAAAAAUAAAUGUCGUCGUGUCUUUUCUCCCUGACUACGCGACGGAUUAUGAGAAGCGGGGUUACCUGAAGUCCUUAAUAUCCACGCCUGCCACCCAUCGACCUACUUCCGUGGAGAACCUUACGCUUGAUCUCGGGCAACUGAAUUUGUCAGGAGGCACUAGCGAUACGAGCACAACAUUUUCUAAUUUAUUUUCUGGUCUUGUAAGAACUAUGGAAGAAAACUCGAAACAAAUAGGUUUGCUGAUUCAAAUUGAGCAAGCGAGGAAUCGCGGACCUGUUUUAGGAGAAUUUGAGAUAGGAGGCUCUGUGACGUGUGCUAACGUUUACAAAAACACUAUCUUUGAAAAUGUUGAUCAGGAAUAUUAUCUUAUUGAGACUAAUUCCUACCUUAGUGAACUCCCCAAUAACGUUGCUUCUCACCUGCGAAACAAUCCAAUUACGCAACAAUCUCAUCAAACAGAACCGGCAGUUCAAAGAUGGUUCAACAAUUUGUUGUCUCAAUUUGGCUCAAGAUGGGGUGAUUUCGUCGCCAAAGAUACACAUGAUGUAGGGUAUCUCAACGGACUAAUGCCAGACCUCAGCGUUUUUAAGACGGAAGAUGUUGCAGAUAAUGCUUGUAUUCCCAUGCUAGUUAAAACGAUUAUGGAGCUAAAGGUACAAAAGAGAAGUACUGGCUUCUCUAAUGAAGAAAAGGGACAGCUUUUGGACUACCUUCGUGUUCUCACUCGACAACAACCAUUGCGCAAACUUUUUGCAAUAUUUUUGUCAGAUGGAGCAUACUUUUAUAUGAUGUCCUAUAAUAGGAAUAUUAAUCAGUAUCAGGAGUUUGAAACCAACUUCAGGAUAGGAUUGCGACUUUUUUAUACAUUGAUCCUUCGAGGAUCAGAUUAUGUAAGAGCUUUCGGAUUUAGGAGUGUAAACUUCCGGUCACAAAUUUCUAGCACUCGUACAAAACUCAUUGGAAUACGUCUAGAGGAGUUUUUAGGCGAGGGAUCAUCCGCAAAUGUAUAUAGGAUCAGGUGGAAUGAUAGACCAGCCGUCAUAAAAAUAAUUUCUGAUCCAAAUGCCUUAGAACGUGAGGUGGAAAUGCUGAGAUUUUUGAAUGGUUCAAACAUCCAGAACAUUCCAGAAUAU